AAGAGGGGCUGAACCACCGAGAUGAGUUGAGGGAUUAGAAAGGGGGGUCCAAGGCUCCAACUAUUACUAUAUAAACUCGCACGUUGAGGGUCCAAAGUCAGUCACCUUUUUUGGAUAUAACAUGAAGGUGUUUGUCUGUCUUUUGGCUGUGGCUGCAGCCACCAAUUAUGCCCAAGCCGGCUACAUUAGCAGCGGCGGCUUCGGCGGCGGCGGCGGCGGCUACGGCGGCGGCUCCUCCGGCUGGAUCAGCAGCGGAGGCGGCGGCGGCGGCUGGAAGUCCAGCGGCGGCUGGAUAGGCAGCAGUGGCGGCGGCUACGGCGGCGGCUCCUCCGGCUGGAUCAGCAGCGGCGGAGGCGGCGGCUGGAAAUCCGGCGGCGGCGGUGGCUACGGAGGAGGCGGCGGCUUCGGAGGUGGAAGCACCGUCAAGAUCAUUAAAAUCAUCGUUCCCAGCAGCGGCGGUGGAUUUGGAGGCGGCCACGGAGGCGGAUUCGGAGGUGGUGGCGGAUAUGGAGGCGGCAGCGGCUGGAAAUCCGGCGGCGGUGGAUUUGGGGGUGGUGGCGGAUAUGGAGGCGGCAGUGGAUGGAAAUCCAGCGGUGGAUGGAGCAGUGGAGGAGGAGGUGGUGGAUGGUGGUAAUUGCAUCACACCGUCACUUUGAGAGAAGGACCGAGUCUAGUGAUAGUUCCCACCACAGUUGUAUCCAAAUUCACAGUGUACAUAAUUUUUGUAUUUUUAAGUAAAUAAAUUUUUUACAAAAAUUUA